UCAGGAGAGGAGGGCUGUCGACGUAGUAUGGGGCAUAUAACAGCUGGAAUAACCCAGGGAUGCCCCGAGAGCCUUGAGUUCGUUUUCUCUUUUUCGUUUCGGAUACACUCCAGGUCGGUACCACCUUCAGAUACAACUUCCACAAAGGCGACCAACUCUACAAAAAAAUGCAGUUGAGGAACUGUCUUCUCCUUGCCGCGGCAGGCAGCGUCAACGCUGCGACGCUUCGAUUCUCGUGCUCUCAGCUCGUCGUCGAGCGUCUAGAUCCUCUCGUCAACCCCGGACAGAACCCAUCUCCCCAUCUCCACCAGAUUGUCGGAGGGAAUGCCUUCAACGUCAGCAUGGACCCCAACGUUCACGACGUGGCCUCGACGGCGACGUGCACUUCUUGCACGCCGUCCGAGGACUUCUCCAACUACUGGACCGCAGUCCUCUUUUUCCGCGCGAGAAACGGAACGCUGCACCGCGUGAACACGUUCGGGAACGAGCUCGGCUACACGAGCGCGAAGGGAGGGCAGACGGUGUACUACCUGUCGUCGGGCAAGGUGACGGGGUUCAAGCCGGGGUUCCGGAUGACGGUGGGCGACCCGAACAUCCGCACGGCGGAGGAGCUCAACCGGCGGUACCGGUUCAUGGACUUCACGUGCCUGGCGUCGGCGAUGACGCGCGGGGGGCAGACGACGUACUUCCCGCGGCAGCCGUGCGCGGCCGGGAUCAUGGUCAGCAUCCGGUUCCCGACGUGCUGGGACGGCAAGAACGUGGACUCGCCGGACCACCAGAGCCACGUGGCGUACCCGAACGGCAACGCGUGCCCGGCGUCGCACCCGGUGGCGAUCCCGCAGGUGUUCUACGAGACGUACUGGGACACGCGCCCGUUCAACAACCGCGCCGAGUGGCCCGCCGACGGCUCCCAGCCCUUCGUCUGGUCCUUCGGCGACGCCACCGGCUACGGCAUCCACGGCGACUACGUCUUCGGCUGGAAGGGCGACGCCCUCCAGCGCGCCCUCGACGCCAACUGCAACAGCGACCUCUUCGCCAACCGCAUCAACUGCCCCACCCUCCAGAGCCAGUCCAUCGAGCAGGCCAACCAGUGCACCAAGCCGCGCACCGUGACCGAGAACCUCGACGGCUGGCUCGCCCAGCUCCCGGGCGGCAUGCCCAUCAUGUAAGGGGGUAGGAUGGAGAGAGAUAGAUAGAGAGCUCUCCGAGCCCGGUUAGCGUCGUUGCGUACGAACACGGAGACGCAGCUCUCUGAUCAGCUAGCAAC